AUUUUCUCAUUUUCUUUCCUCUUUCUUUCUCUCCAAACACCGGGUUUCCCACACACUAACUCUUUCUAGAAAUCUUCGGGGAAAGUUCCUUAAUAUACUUUGCAAUCCUUUCUCUCUUCUCUUUCAGAAUAAUGAGAUUCCGAUCCAUCAUCUAAAAUUAUCUGUCUUUUUUUUUCUUAUCAGUUUCUCAAUUUUUUUUGAUAUUUUUUUUGUUUGGAAUUGAUAGUUGUGAAAUUUCUUCUGUGUUUCUAUUUUGGGGGAAAAUGUAUGUGAUUGAAAAAUGUUCUCAUUUUUAGCACUCUUAUGGAACCCGUAUCUCUGCUUUGUGUUGAUCUAAACGCUUUUAUUUUCCCUCCAGAUCUGUCAACAAAAUCUAGGGUUAGGGUUUUUUCCCUUUCCGAUACCGUGUUAUUAUACCAAAUUAGUCUCUUGACAAUGUGGUUGUUUUCGUUUUAGGACUCCUUUGGCUCGUCAUUUUAAAAUUUCCUUUUUGUUUUAAUUUUUGUUCCUCUAAAAUUCCGCAAUGCUAAGGCAAUUCCUCAGUAAACUCCCACGAAAAUCGGGGAAAUCGGACUCGCCUGAGCUUGCGCGUUCGAACUCAUGCACGACAGCGGGUUCCACCCCACAAACCCACCGAUCCAACAGUUUGAGUUCGAAUUCUGGCCGUGCCUCUGCUCCAAAACGGACAUCGUCCGCUGUUUUUCCGGCAAGUGUCGUUUCGGGAAUCGAGCCAUUGUUGCCAUUCAAAGAUGUGCCCGUUUCGGAAAGAAUGAAUCUUUUUGUGAGUAAAGUUAGCCUUUGUUGUGUGACUUUCGAUUUCACUGACCCGACUAAAAAUCUGAUUGAGAAAGAUGUUAAAAGACAAACUUUGCUUGAGCUUCUGGAUUUUGUGUAUGGGUCCGUCAGAUUUAGCGAACCUGCAAUUUUAGCCAUGUGUAGGAUGUGUGCUGUGAAUUUGUUUAGGGUUUUCCCACCUAAUUAUCGAUCUACUUCAAGUAAUGGUGGUGAAAAUGAUGAUGACGAGCCUAUGUUUGAUCCGGCAUGGCCACAUUUGCAAAUUGUGUAUGAUUUGCUACUCAAGUUUAUCACUUCUUCAGGUCUUGAUGCCAAAGUAGCUAAAAAGUAUAUAGAUCAUUCCUUUAUUUUGAGAUUGCUCGACUUGUUUGAUUCAGAGGAUCCAAGGGAAAGGGAUUGUUUGAAGACUAUACUGCACAGAGUUUAUGGGAAGUUCAUGGUUCACAGACCCUUUAUUCGGAAUGCUAUAAGCAAUAUAUUUUAUCGGUUUGUUUUUGAGACGGAGAGACACAACGGGAUUGCUGAGUUGUUGGAGAUUUUCGGCAGUAUAAUCAGUGGAUUUGCUUUGCCUUUGAAGGAGGAACAUAAAAUCUUCUUGUGGAGGGUUUUGAUUCCUCUCCACAAGCCAAAAUCUUUGGGGGUUUACUUUCAACAGUUGUCUUAUUGUGUUACUCAGUUCAUUGAGAAGGAACCAAAGUUGUGCAGUACCGUGAUAAUGGGGUUGUUGAAGUACUGGCCCAUAACGAACAGCCAGAAGGAGUUGAUGUUUCUUGGUGAGUUGGAAGAGAUUUUGGAAGCCAUUAACAUGAUGGAGUUCCAAAAGGUUAUGGUCCAGUUGUUCUGGCGGAUAGGCUAUUGCAUUAACAGUUUCCAUUUCCAGGUGGCUGAAAGGGCACUUCUCUUUUGGAAUAAUGAUCAAAUUGUAAACUUAAUUGCACAUAACCGGCAUGUGAUUUUACCCAUCUUACUUCCAGCCUUGGAAAAUAAUACCCAGAACCAUUGGAACCAUGCAGUGCUCAACUUAACAUUAAAUGUCAGAAAGAUGUUCAUGGAGAUGGAUGAGCAACUAUUCAUGUCUUGCCUUUCUCACUUUAAGGAGGAAGAGGCAAAGCUAAGCAUAUUAGCCGAGAAACGGAAGGAAGCAUGGGAGCAACUGGAAAGUGCAGCCAGUCGCCAACCAAUAACCGGAAAUACUGCUGUACUGGUAACUCCUUUGGCAAAACCAAUCUCCUAUUAACUGCACUCCUGAAAUGUCGUUUCCCUGGGCUUUUUGUUUUUCUUGUCUCCCAGCCUUUUAUAAAAAAUGGGAAUUGUAUGCAAAUGGCUUCCGUUUGGGGUUGUGGUAGUAUUUUUCCUCGUUUUGUAUGUUCCAUUAGCAGCCGUUUCUUGUAACUUGCCUUUUAUGUAUUCUCUGAUGCUUACUGUAUGGGAUGUUAAUUGCUUCCUUGGAAAGGUCAUGGGGAGGCCCAUGCAGUGAAUUUAUGUCCGGUUUCAA